GUUACUUCCAGUCCCUGCUGUCCCUCCUGCCUUCAGUCUGGACCUGCCUGGGGACCCUGGCAUUCAGCCUCACCAUGCAGAGAUCCCAGGAGGCCCCAGCCAAUUGCUCUCAGCUCCUCAACUAUCUGCCUACCUCCAGUGGCUUAUGGGGCACUGUCCUGCCCAGUUCUGCUAAGAUGCUCCUGGCCUCUCCCUCCACCCCAUCCAGGGGACGGACCCCCAGCGCUGUGGAGAGGCUGGAGGCCGACAAAGCCAAGUAUGUCAAGACGCACCAGGUGAUAGCGCGACGCCAGGAGCCAGCUCUGCGUGGGGGUCCCGGGCCGCUCACCCCCCACCCCUGCAACGAGCUGGGGCCCCCUCCAUCGCCCAGGACGCCCGGACCCGCCCGCCGGGGCAGUGGCAGGCGGCUGCCAAGGCCUGAUUCCCUCAUCUUCUACCGCCAGAAGCGGGACUGCAAGGCUUCAGUGAACAAAGAGAACGCCAAGGGCCAGGGGCUGGUGCGUCGCCUCUUCCUGGGCGCCCCCCGAGACGUCGCUUCAAGCAGCCCAGGCUCAACGGAGCGACCCGCGGCUCCUGGGGGUUGGGCCGCGCCCCAAGAUGCCCCAGAAGCAGCGGGAAAGCGGGCAUUGUGCCCCACGUGCUCGCUGCCCCUGUCGGAGAAGGAGCGCUUCUUCAACUACUGCGGUCUGGAGCGCGCGCUGGUAGAGGUGCUGGGCGCCGAGCGCUUCUCUCCGCAGAGCUGGGGUGCCGACGCCAGCCCCCAGCCCGGAACGUCGCCGCCGCCCGGCUCUGGGGACGCCAGCGACUGGACGUCCAGCGACGGCGGCACAGAACGCCGGGACCGUGCGGAGGGCGGUGGCUCGGAAGCGGGGGGCUCGGCGCGGGACGGGCGCCCCCAGGUGUCGGUGGUGGAGCGCAACGCGCGCGUCAUCCAGUGGCUGUACGGCUGCCAGCGCGCCCGCGGCCCGCCGCGCGAGUCCGAGGUGUGACCGCUGCCGCUCGUGAGCAGGCUCUGGUGGAGUCCCGGGUCCGGGGAAGGGCAAGGGGUGAGCGCGGGGCUGGACCCAGGCACGGGCAGGGA